AUGCUCAGAAAUAGCCUAUCCAUAGUACCGUUCUACGGGCAUAGAGUAGCAUGGGUGUUCUCGUUCCUGAGCGACCCCUUGAAAAGUAACAACUCUGACCACAACCAGGCAGCCGCUUUAGGAGAUAUACUUCCCCAUCCUAUGCUUCAAGCGGAUCCCACUACCAGGGCCUUGUCUCAGCUCUGUCUCAGCCCUGCCUCAACGCUCGUGGCCGGCCCUGGCUGUUAG